GUACCCACAGAUGUAGUAAUCUGGUCAGCAAAUGAUCGGGUAUGACAGCUGUAGUAUAGCGUACAGUUGCCAGCCAAUAAUGAUGUACUCCGCAGUAGAAACUAAUUGGAGAAGGACUGAUGAUGGAUGGAGGCUACUUCCCGGAGUGUUUGUUGGUACAGAGAGUCUGUCUAGAGCUCGGGGCACUUCAUCACCGAGUAAAACAUCUAAAACAGAAACCAAUAACAUCGUCCGCUUAGUUCGGAUAGCGGGGGCCCAUCGACCUCAUGACGGCACUAGCCAAGAGAGAUGUGAUAGUAUAACACCAUUAAGACUGCCUCACAUGACUGGAAUAAAAGGGUACGGAACAGACAGAAGAAUAUCGUGUGGCCUGUCGACUUCCAUUGAACAGUUAGAGAUCGCUGAUGUCGCCCUGGAGCUUAGUGGAACACGCUACUGCUGCGAGAUAUUUAGAAUUUUGAUGAAGGAGAAAAUCGGGAAAAUUAGCGGAACAACCUUGCGACACAUUUUCCGUAUCCUGGAGGGAAUGGUUUCAGAAGCGCUUCAUAUUGAGAUGAACAUCAAGUUGAUAGCACGCUUAUUAACGACGUCAGCCGACGCCCUGGAACGAGGUCCAGCGUCUUUGGUUGGCAGCAGCAGUUUGUGGAAGAGGCACCGGAACAUUGUCAGCAAUCUCACAAUGCAAGUUGAGAACUUCCAGUAUACACAGAGAGAAGACGACCAACUGCCCCAACUUCUUGAUAUCCCAAAAGAGUGUCUCCACUACAUCCUGAAAUGCCUCUCUGACCCCCGGGACUUGAUCAACGCGGGAGCUACCUGCACUUACCUGAAUGACUUGGUCACGGACUCGUUUAUAUGGCAAAGCAUGUGUCUGUUCCACUUUACCGAUAAACAGCUGUAUCCACACAUCUGCGAUGAUGAGUACAUGGGUAUCGAUUGGUUUAAAGCAUUUCAGCUGUGUUACAAGAAAAACAAACGUCUUCGAGAGUUUUAUGGCAACGAGUUGUACUUCUGUAACCUAUGUCGUGAUAUAUUUUGGAAGCAUCUAGGUCAUCCCUGUCACAAUCCGGAAAAUAUCCCGUCCUCGUCUCCUCUGUUGCCAAGGGAAUUCAUUGACAUGUUGCGCCUUUGAUUCAAUCUGUGUGAAACUGGAAUGAAGGGCAAGGAUACUCACUUUGUACACAGCUCCCUCCUUUUCAUCACUUUUCAUUGAAUAAUGUGCACGUUGUAUGCACACUAAUGUUUUAUUAGUGUUAUUAACUUAAUGGGCAAUAAUGACCGUUUUGAGACUUUUUAAAUUUGGGCGUUUUCCUACUGUUUACGUAUUUUUUUGUUUUUGCAAUUAAAAUUUCAAUCUCGCUUUAA